CGCGGCAAGCUUGUUAAGUUGAAGGACGCUGGUUACUCUCUGCGUUACUCAUUUACAAAGUUGGUUAUUAAGAUGGACGGACGAUAACGGUUUACAAGUUUAGAGUACUGACGGAGGCUUCAGUGAAUAAAUACAGUUUAAGGAAAGUUGCGAUAGUGUAAAUAACAUGUUUGUCAAUAGGAUUUUGUGUGUUCUCUCGUUCAUAUAUGCGGUUAAAGGGGAUUACGCGGUACCGUCAUUGACAUUGGAGGCCUUAAAAAAAGGAGGAUUUCGUGUUUAUAUUCCCGAUGUCCCCGGCACGGCACUAUUUGCAUUUCACGCAAACAUCAAUGACAAUAUUCGCGCACAACAUCCAGGUAGUGUUAAUGGGGAGGCAAGGACUCCAACGAAUGGGUUUUGGAUACUGGAAUUCAAUGACAAGCUAAAACAGGGAGACGUGGUUAACUACUGGCUAUUCGUAAAUGCAAAUCAUUUGGGAUAUAGAAAGGACGGGGAGCCCAUAAAGAUUACACGACUUCUGGAUGCGUACACUGAGCUUAAGGGUAGAUGCGAACCCGGGUCUACUGUUAUUAAUGGGGGUAAAGCGACGUGCGUUGAUAACGUGAUCUUCCAAGAUAAAUUCGAUGGAAGUACUAUCAAUACGAUGCUUUGGAAGGUGGAGCACAGAAUUCCCACGUAUUCCGAACCAAAUUCGCCAUUUAAUUCGUAUGAAAAUCGGGAAGAUACCAAAUUUAUCAAAGAUAACAAAUUGCACUUGAAACCAAACGCAGUUCCAGAAUCAGACGUUCGGGGAACCUUAAAUUUGAGAGAAGGAUGCACGGGAACUAAAGAAAUAGAAUGCUUCUACGAACAAAGAUCAUCGUUUCUGUUACCACCAGUCAAAGCGAGUAAAGUUGUUUCAACGACUUCAUUUAAGUAUGGAAAGGUUGAAAUCAGAGCCAAACUGCCCAGAGGCGAUUGGAUAUUCCCUAUUGUACAAUUGGAAUUCGCACAAAGGGAUAUCGCAAAUCCGUCAAAAAUUUGGAUAGCGUACAGUAGAGGUAAUACCAAAUUAAUCAUGAGCGAUCCAAACGACAUCGAUGUACGUGGAUUUAGUGGGACCGAUAUUGGCGGGCGUCUCUUGCUCGCAGGACCUACGUUGGAGGAGCGCGAACCUCAACGAAGCAAACGGUUGGUUCACAAGUACGCGGAUCAACCGUUCUCUGACGAUUAUCACACUUACGGUUUGGUGUGGACCAAAGAUCAAAUGCGUUUCUACGUCGAUUCUGAGGAGUACGGAUCUGUUGAUCUGUCAACAGAAAAUCUCGAUCGGGAGUGCGUACUAAGUUUAGGCGUCGGAGUUGGAGGACUAUUCGAUUUCCCUGAAGGAACCUAUUCCGGAAGUAAUUACAAACCAUGGAGCAAUGAAGACAGAAACGCAAUCAAGCGAUUCUUUGAGAAGAAACCCAUAUGGGUUCAAACGUGGGAUGACGAGAAGUCCUGCCUUAUUGUCGAUCAUGUACAAAUUACGGCAGUUUAAACCAUUUCUAGCCGAUUUUGUGCCAAUUUUGUCAUAUCUUUUAGUGAUAGAAAACCAAAUAAAAGACGUUUUUGUAAUAAU